UGGGGAGGAGGAGCCAGACAUGCCUCCCUGCAGGCUGUAGCUCUACCAGUGUCACCAAACACAAGAUCAACGUCAGCAUUCUCCCGCUGCCAGCACCAACACCUUCGUCCCUCACAAGGUUAAAAAGACGCUGAAAUACUACGUCCCUUUUCCCUGCGACACCCAACCCGACCCGACCGGACCCGACCCGACCCAACCCAACCCAACCAGAGCCGAGCAGACCCUACCCGACCCGACCCGACCGCUGCCCGAUUCUACCAUCUCGAGGAAGUACCGAUGAUAGCAUGGCGGUAUCUAUCCAUUCGUCUCCUGUGACUAACCUUGAGUGUACUGAGUCACAGUUUUGCCAAACAACAGAGCAGUGGAGGGAGUUUUGGGUGUAAAGGCAAGGAGAGUUUUGGCCGGUGUAACACGGGCCAAGUGGCAGAAUUAGACCCCAUCUUGUCCCAGCCAGCUAGCCAGCCCACCAUGUGGUCGAGUAUACUUGGAUCUUGUGAGCCAGCUGCACCACUAUCCUCCCUCAGCUGGUGGUAGUAGUCCCAUAGGUCUAACCUGUUUCCUUGGCAGGGUGAUUCAUCUCCACCAUCUGGCUCGUCAGUAUCAUCACUGCCUAGUUCCUCAGCAUCACCACCUGCAGCUCCUAUAAUUUUAUUUGUAGCCGUCUGUCUGCUGUAGUCAAUGGUUCCACAUGUCUCGACACUCUCAGUCUUCUUACCCAGGCGUGUGUGUUGUACAGGUGACAGGAGAUGAAAGUGUGAAGAGUUAUAAGGGAGGAGUAAUGGUGGUGAGGGAGAGAGUACUAGCAUGGUACACGUCAAGUAGGGUGUCCCCAAGACACGACAGCCACCACCUGCUGCUUCCCGCGUCCCCCACACCCAAACAUGGCCAACGCACACACCUGCCACACACAAGCGCGUGCGCGCUCUGUAGCAGGUAGAUGUUUACACAGGUGACAGUUAUGCGAUCAAGUGAAUUCCGGAGGCAGUGAGUGUUACGGUAGAGUAGAGGAGUACGGAGAGAAGAGAAACUUGAGAGAUGAUGAUCUGUGGUUACGAAAUGUUGUGCAAGAGGAGGUAGAGGAGAGGGACUAGCAAAGUGUUCCAGGAUAUGACGUGAACAGGGAUGAACAGAGGGACGAAAAAAGAUUGAAAUUGGUGGAUAAGAAAACAGAAAUAACUACUAUAGCUACUGGAGCAUAUUAAGGGAAGGUACCUGGCUGUUGACUUGGGUGGGAGGACGGGUUGAGGGUAACCCACCCGUGUGUGUGUUGGCGUGGGCUGGGACCUCCCAUAACUAGACUACUCACCUCGUACUUGGUGUACUUGAUGUACUCUAGUAUGAGGAAGACGUGGUCUCAGUGUUUACUUGUGGUUUAUACUUGUCAUACAACAUCUCGGGAUCACAAAUAUUUUCGAGUCAUCCUUACAGUCUUUAAAUUAUCCAUUACUUUGAGCUUCAUUUACCGAGGUCAUCAUUUUCUUAGUAGUGAUAUUUGGUUAAAAUUAACCUUUACUCUUGGUUCUAUCUCACUAUCUCUUUCUCUCUCCCGAACACCUCAUUAUUGUUGGGGGAAAACAUUUAUGUUGCCUUGCUUCCCGGCAGCCAGCAAGAGCUCUGGUGGCCCAGCUUGCCAUCCACCGGCGCCUUUAAAUGCCCAUUUUGUACGUGGACUUACGCAGAUGCGGGGGUUGGCAGGGAGUGGUGCCAAGGGGCGGGCGCCUACCUGUUUGUUUUCAUGCACCCAGCCCAGCCGUGCGUGUGCUUGGCCGUGCCGAGGAUGUUAAGUGCCAGCUGUAACUGAUGUUCUCUUACCCAACUUACACAUGUUUUAAUUUUCAGGGUCGGUUUAUUGUGUUGAUAGAAAAGUGUGUACCAAGAGGUGGAGGCAAGCACUGUAUAUAUAUAUAUAUAUAUAUAUACAGUAUAUUGGCGAAUAUUUCUGUGAGUUAAUGAUAAGUUAUAGUGUUUGUUGAUUUACACUGGGACCAAGUAAUGAUGUAAGGAGUGUGGAGUAGAGGAGAGGGACCAGUCAGUGUGUGUGGGACCAUGUGGUACCCGUGUCACUGUCCCGACUGUGAUAACAUAGAGGUCAACAACCUGAGGAACGCCGCUGCCUGGGUGAACAACGACAUGGGUUCCUUCCCUGUGAUGCACGGCUUCUUGACGCUACCCGCCGGCAAGAUGGGCGGCGGCAGCGGGUACCCGGUCCACACCAUGGGCAUACAGCGAUCCGCCACCUGCGGCUUCCUGCCCUCCCAACACUACUCCCCGUGGAAGGACGACUUCUCGGACCAGCAGCAGCUUAUCAAUGGUCGCCUAGCCAUCACGGGCGGUAAGGUUCAAGACAUGAACGGCUACGACGACGAGGACGACAUAGUCAAGGCCAAGCUGACAGUCAGGAGUAGCAGCAGCUUGGGGAUGAGCAACAACAUGACGCACGACAUGAACAACUUCGGGGAGGAGGGAGGGAAGAAGUCCCGAGACUACAGCGACGACUCCCUCACCCCAGACAGCACGCUGCCCGCCGUCAUCCGUCGCAGAAACAGGAACAGACGCAAGCAACUGGCUACCUCAAUGGUGGAGCCCACACCGGGCGGAGUGGUCUGGGAAGGGGACAAUGCCAAGCCCCAGCCACGGACACGCUCUCAUAGUGUGUCUGACGACCAGUGGGCCCAGAUGAUGGCCGCACAGACCAACAGCACCACCCCGGCGGAGCCCACGGAGGUUCCCACAGGACCCGCUUGUCCCCCUGGCCACAUCCCCGCCGAUAUGUCCUCCUUCGCCGGCACCACCACCCGGCGCGGCUACAACACCGUGACUAACUCUGGGCGAGGAGGUGUUGGUGGUACCCUGGGACGUGGAAUGGUGUCUUCGGCUUCUGUGUGUGACCUCAACACCCUGGCCCAGCAGCAGCCCCCACACGGCUUUAGCAACGCUCACGCGGCCAACAGUUUCCAGCAGCUCAACAUGAUGGGUUUCGGCAGCGGGAUGAUGUGGGGUGCCCCUUGUGACCUGUGCCAGGCGCCGCCCAUGUUCACAGGUCACCCCAACAUGAGCGGCAUGAAGCGCACCGCCUCCAACCUCUCCAUGAAUCUAUCGUCGGUGGGCAGUGAUGUGUCAGGGUAUCCGUGGUCGGCGCCGCCCCCUCACAUUCACCAUCACAUGCCCAUGUACCCCGGCUACUAUCCUGGUUACCACCCACAUAUGGCCCCGCCGCCCAUGGGCACCCCUAUGGGCCUCAAUAUGUCAAUUCCUGACUCCAUGCACACGUUCGGUAAGGUACCGUCCUCUCCAGCUCCCUCAGUCCGCUCCUCCUCCCACCGUUCACACAAGUCUAGCAAAUCCAGGUCAUUUAGCGCCGCCGACAAUAGUGGACGCCGCAGCCGUAACCGUAAAGUGAAGCGCUCAGAAGAAAGUGAAGACAGUCGGUCCUCGUCUGUGAGUGAGGACGACGGCGAUGUCGACGACCGGGAAAGCAAGUCCGGGCACGGUGGCGUGAGCAGCCUGGCCUGGCAGUGCGACCAUUGCACUUUUAUCAAUUCCGGUGGUGCGAGAACCUGCGGUAUGUGCUCCAAGACCGUGGGAGGCGGUGGCCGCACUAGCCGAAGAGGCAGUGAACGACGACGCUCUGAACGACGACGGGAACGACGAACUGAUCAGGAAGAUAACGACCGAGAUGUAUCCGACUAUGACAACGACGGCGGCGGCGUAGUGAAAAGUAACUUAUCCUUUAAUAUUAAGGAGAGUAAGCGAGAGUCCCGCACCAAGGGGUCGGGCUCCAGCAAGAGUAAGAGUAAGAAAAAGUCCCGUCGGCGAGACAGCUCGGGGUCACACUCCGAGUCCAGGAGUGAGGGUGAGGAGGAGGAACAGUUGGAGAGGCACAUGCGGGACCUGAGGGUGUCCUCCUCCUCCCGCAGGCGAGGCAGCGACCAUGAUGGAGGCAACAACAAGGACAGAGACAGAGACAGGGAGAGAGUCUCACGCAAGAAAGAAGGAAGCGUCGGUCGCUUCAAGAAUCGGGGCAAGAGCCACUCGGAGCGGUCGAGGACACCAGGGCGUCAGACGCCGAGGCGCGCCAGCCCAGCUGAUGACGAGGGAUCCCUGGAAGGCAGCUCUGACCACAGCUUCCCAGAGGACGCCCGCGGCUCCCACCACAACACCCUCAGUGCCGAUCACAACGGACACCACAACUCUCAAGAUGGCACCUUAGUUGACACGUUGGUAUCUGAGGCCACUCUCAAAAAUGCUAAGAAAUCUAAAUCAGACAGUAGUGAGCGAAAAAGUAAAUCAAGGGGUUCCAAAGCGUCCAGUCCAGCUCGCAGUGUGCCUGACGAAAUACCUGUACAGGAAGAGCCGCCCCAAGUCUUUAUUCUUGAGCCAAAGGUUAAUGGUGAGAAAUCUAGGUCACCAAGUCCUAGACUUCGAGUUGAGAAAAGCAAGUCCCCGGCACUGUCACAAAGGACGUCUCGAGCUGACGGUGAUGACCCCAGUUUCGCUAAUACUCUUGACGACAUAGCAACGAUGGGGACGAACGAGGUAGCGGACCAAGAUCUGAACAGCCAGUACCUGGAAGACCGCCCCCACAGUGCUGACUUGAUAGUGGAACCCCAUGACGACGUACCGGUGGUCAACUACAUUAGACCCGAGACACCAGAGGAUCAAGUUAUUGAUGAACCAAAAACUAUAAUUGUUGGGCCUGAGCUCGUGAUACAAGCGGAGCCUCAGCAAGUCGCAGUCAAAGAGCAGCCUGUGGUAGCUGUAUCAGAUGACACUGGACAAGUAGAUAAGGUUAAGCCACCUGAACCACUAUAUGAACCUAGCUACGAGAGUGUAGCAGACCCAGCUGCACACAUCGUGGCUCCUGUAGUUGAAGUAGAGCCCAUAACCAACACCAGAGACACAGACAGAGAACAGGACAAUUAUCAGACAGCGACUAGUGGAGCCGCUGAUGAGGAACCCCAAGUGGGGGAGAAGCAGGAGGAAGACGUCGCUAACGAUAUGACCUUACUACCAGAGGUCAAAGUCAAGCAGGGGUCACCCAUGGACAUCCGUGGGGAGGUACAACGCUCAGCCUCUUCAGGGUCUUCACUAGGAUUCAACUCGUCACCCCCUGACAGGCAGUACACACCCCUCAGCUUCUCCUCCUCAGACGCACAAUUUUACUCUCCGCCGGACUCACCGGACUUAUCCCUCAGCGAUCAGCUCCAGGACAAGCCACAACCUGGCCACACACAGACGGUGCGGGCCCGGGAGGACGACUAUCUGGUGACGGCGCUGGAGACGAUGCAGCAGAGAGCUGCCGAGGACCUCAAGUCGUCCAGGGAAACCAUCAGGUCGUCCUUCGAGCAGCUGCCCUACUCCGAGGAGGCGAGUGAUGAUGGGGAGAACGAGAGAGAUCGUGUCCCGGAGAGGCCAGCCUCAGCGGGAGCUAUUGUUGCCACCACCACCAUCACCACUACUACUGCUGCUGCUGCCACGACCCUAGGGGCACCGGCUUCUGGUGAUGGAUAUGAGUCCUUGAGCUUCCAGGAUGCCUUGACUCCUUCAGAUGCGGCGGGUCUAGCUCGCUCUGUCUCUGAUAAGGCCCUGAGCGUAGCCGGCCAGGGAGAGGACGAUCUGAGCGCCACUGCAAGCCUCGCCGCCCUGUUGAAGGAGGCCGAACGCCAGAGCAGGACCUUGAGAUGGGGUGAGGAGGAGGUGAACGAGAAGUACCUGACAGUGGAGGAGAUCAUCACCAAGAGGCGUCAGGAGGCUAUGAAGAAACAGGGCCUCGAGUUGGUCCAGGUUCUCAGGGACGCAGAAGACGCAGGCUACACCUCAGAAGAUGUAUCCAUUGCCCUGACACACUGUGGGGACAAGAACCCCCUGGAGUGGCUGAAGGAGAACUGGCGACACAUGGUAGACACGGUCUCCACCCUGGCCACCAACUACGGCCAGGAACGACGCGUCAACGAUAUUGGCUCCAUCACGGGGGCGGAGGCGAGACUGGCGCUGAGGGUACACAAGGGUAACAUCUGGGCCGCCGUCACCGAGUGUGUGGAGGAGCGGCAGAAGAAGUUCAACGAGAUCUACGCACGGGGUAAGUUCACGAGGGAAGCGGUGGUGAGGUCCCUGGAGAAGCACGACGGCGACGCUGACGCUGCUUUCCUGGAGCUUAACAAAUUCCAGCUCCAGCCCUUCAUGAUGAAGAUCUGGGGCGCGACCAAGGCCUUCUCUGCCCGUAUCCAUAAGGAGAUGCAACAAGAACCCCAACCGAGCCCCGCUCCUGCCCCACAGCAGGAGAUCCUGCCAGCCCUUCCUGCCCAGGCGGAUGUCUCCCGUCCUGCUCAAGAAGACGUCCCUCAAGCACCCACCUGGAAGGACGCCUCUACAGACACCGGCCUGGCUGAGCAAGAUUUCGAGGAGGAGGAGGAGGAGGAGGAGGAGGAAGAAGAAGAGGAAGAAGAGGAAGAAACAGAUGACGAAGAUGAUAUCUUUGAGAACACGUAUGCCAACAUUGACCAUAUAAGAGAGGAACCACAGGUGUAUGCUAAUGUCCAGAAGAUAUCACUGGUGAAACCUAAAGAACCUGACUCACGGAAAUUUAAAAAGUUGGGUAAGAGGUCAGACCGCCGAGAAGACAGAAGACCCGUGACCCCAAGCGGACUUGAUCUGAGCGCCCUGGACGAUGAUGAGCUGUUUUCCGCCAGCGAGGUGACAGGCCUGGAGUCUGACGAGGAGUCGACCAUAGAGGAGUUGCUGGUGGGGCUGGGCAGUACCCCAUACUACGAGUAUUUCACAGCCGUCGACCUGGACGAGAUGGAGGAGUCAGAGGAGGAAGAGAGCGAGGAUGAGAGUGAGGAAGAGAACGAGAGGGAGAUAGAACCAGCUCACGAGCCCCGCGACGUGAUGUUGUCUCCUGCCAGGGCGUCCUCACAACUUCUGGAAGAGGGCUUCUCGGACUCCUCUUCUUCAGGGGAAUCCCAAGAGGAGAAAGUGGAGAUGGAGGAGGAGGAGGAAGAUGAAGAGGAGGAGGAGGAGGAAGAGGAAGAGGAGGAGGAGGAGGAAGAGGAAGAGGAAGAGGAGGAAGCAGUAGACAACAAUGAUCAUGAGGCGACACAGCAGACGAUUCAAUUUGUGAGGAAAGAAGAUGUGGUGGUGCACCCUCUCAAGGCUUUCACUCACUACGCUGAUCUCUCAGUCUCAGAAUACUCCGAGGAGCCUCGUAGUCCAGCCCCUCCGGACUGCAUGAUGUCCCCCUCAAACUUCUCACUUGACACUAAGUCUCCCGCCCGUCACGCUGGGACCUUACCGCCACCCAAGGGCCCGCUACCAGAGGCUCCACCACCCGAGGACCCUCCCAUGGUCAACCGCACACCUGAUGAAGCUCCCACCUCCACGGUCCAUGUCAGUCAAAAGCGGAUAUCUAAGAAAGCUCCGAAAUACUCGAGUACUCUGCAUGUGAGCCUGUCAACUCAAAAAGAAGCGUAUGAACACACUACUGAUAAAAGUCCUGCCUCCCGGCUUCAGCCUGUUUAUGCGUCCGUACCUGAACUGCGUUUGGAAACCGUCGAGGCAGCCGGCACCAUUCCGUCUGAUCAGGAUAACUCCUCUCCGCAUCUCACACAAACCAGCAUCCUAAACGAGAGUAAGUCUGCUCCUAGUUCCGUGCUGAACUCCUUAGUCGCUGAGAAGUGUGAUGAGAGUGAUGACGAUGAGGAGUCCUUGAGCGUCACUACUGGACGGUUGAGUCUGUCUCUCAGUGCUGCCAGUAUUAACGUUAAGUCGGAAGUCAUUCAGACGGAGCAAGUAGUGGCCGUGGAGCAUACACACGAGACAGAGAUGGGAGGAAAAAUGCGUGACGACCCCGAGGAGGAAAAGGAGGACAACACUUCAACAUGCUAUGAGGCAAUGGAGGAGGAGACGGCAGCUGUGGAGGAGGGUGGCGGGCGGACCUCAGAAUCAGAGGAGGAGGCGCCCGAAGAACCUAAGGAGCCAACCAGGGUGAGGGAAGUGGUACUGCUGCCCUUAGACGAACCAGGAAUGGCCCAGACCCGCACUGGUCCCGUCACUGUCCAGAAGGCCUCCGUCAUUGUCGGGAAAGCCAUAGCUAAGGCCAUGGCUAGGGAGACGUCAGUCCGGGAGUCUCUCAGUCGGUCAGUGACUCCUGAGGUACAGGAUGCUCCCGUGGCCACACCGGAGCCUUCAGAGAGCGAGGAAGAGAUCACUGUCCAAGGCACGGCGUCCGACUCUGAUGAAGACGACCACCUCCGCACCCUGGACACCAUCCCUGAAGAAGAGGAGAUCAGUGAAAUGACAGAAUCUGGUCGAGUCAUAUCCCGACCUGCAUCAAAGAAUCUGUUUCUUCCGUUCAACCCCACGGACGUGGUGCAACUUACCCCCGUGGCUCGCUUCUUGAAGGCUGUAGGUGUAUCCAAGUCUGAUGUCUCUAGUAAGGACCAGCCUGACAAGGGUAUAACAGACAUAGGUAAGGAUGUCACCGCAGGUGCACGCACUAGUGCUGGCGACCAAACAUUAGCAGUGCUCCCACCAACGUACUACAACACCCUCCACACCUAUUACAACGAAACGGACGGCACCGACGCCGCAGAGGAACAGCCGGUAAAGUUGACUCCUGACGACUAUGAGACCAUGUAUGAAGUCAAACGAGAGCUGGACAGUCUACGAGACACCAGCGACGCCACACUUGAUAAGAUCAAUGCCCUGGUCACCGACCUCCCCGAGGCUGACCGAGGGGACAAUGGCGAAGAUGAAAUCUAUUAUGAAGAGGUGACUCUGAACUCUGCUGACGAAACCUCUAAGGACCAGAAUGAUGCUGAGAGCGAGUCUUCGACUGUUCCUACCUCACGCAGGAGACGGCGGCGGCGGCGAAAGGGGCGUGGCUUAGGUGGCAACGCAGGGGCAUCUAGCAGAGCUGAUGUGAGCGACACGUCCAUCGCCAGUUCAUCCCCAGUCCCAGCCUCCUCAGCAGCGCCCUCGCCAGUCGCACCGUCACCAACACCAUCAUCACCAGCACCAACAGUACCAACUCCAUCACCAGUGCCAACAGUACCAACUCCAUCACCAGCACCAACAGUACCAACUCCAUCACCAGUGCCAACAGUACCAGCUCCAUCACCAGUGCCCCCACCAACACCUUCACCAGUACCAGCUCCUCCCGAGGCUGUACAACCACAACCAUCCCAAGAAGACGAGGAAAUGGUGACGACAGUAACCAUAAGGAGAGCUGGUAGGAGAUCCAGGCCAUCAGACAAUAAACCUUAUCCCGUCAUAGAAGUAGCGUCUUCACUUCCACAAACCAAGGAAGACACCACAAGCAGUCCAGUGAAGCCAGAGUCUGUGGCAAGCACUUCAAAUCGACAAAGGACGAGAAACACUGCCAACGAGGACACAAAGAGCAGCACCCCUAACACCCAGACCACCUCCCCCUCUACCUCCACCCCUGCUGCUCCCUCCACCACCAGUGCUUCGCCAGCGAGGAGAACGAGGAAAACCUCACUACCCGAGUCAUCCGGGGAGUCUGAGGACGAGGAAGGCGGGGUGAGGCUUCAUAGGGUGAGCGUGGAGGAUCUUCCAAAGAUCCCUCAUCUCUUGGUACAGAUCGAGGGUUUGAAGGCGCGCAAGAACAAGAAGGACCCGGAUUACCAAGAGAUGCGGGAGCUGAAGGAACAGAUCCAGAUGAUGAGGAAGGAGCUGGAGGCCCGCAUGGACGACGACGACGAAGAUAGACCGGAGACACCUGAUACUCCAAAAGAGGAGCAGGAGCCCACAAGCCCCGACAUCAUGCUGCAAGAGCCACAGGAGAAGCCCAAAAGCCGCGAAUAUGAACAACUCCAGUUCGACAGGACGGUACGGCGGCUGCUGGCGGAGGGUCGGGCAGGGAGCUACGAGAAGGCGGAACUGGCGGCACAGCUCCUCACCUUCAGCUUCGACGAGACAGACUCUCUUCUGGCGGCCGAGGAGUGUUCUUCCAUCUACACAGCUAUCCAGUUCCUUCAACAAGAGUGUGAGCUGUGUGCCGAGAAGCACCCAAUGCGGAGGAUGGUGUCAAUGCUGCAGUGUAUUCACCGCUGCUGCAGUGACUGUGCCAAGACCUACUUCACCUUCCAGAUCAAGACCAAGAACCUACGCGAGGUCCGCUGCCCGUUUUGUAACGAGCCCGAACUUGACGCUAAUGAGGAGAUAGCCAACGAGUACCUGAACAACAUGGAUAUCCUGCUGAAGAACAUCCUGGACGCUGAGACCCACGAGCUAUUCCAGAGGAAACUGCGGGACUGGACGCUCAUGAAGGAUCCCAACUUCCGCUGGUGUAACAAGUGCUCGUCUGGCUUCAUCGCCAACGCACGAGCGAGGAAGCUGAUCUGUCCAGACUGCAAAGAUGUGACGUGUGCCCACUGUCGUGCUCCUUGGGAAGCUGCUCACGAGGGUAUAUCUUGUGAGGCGUUCACUCGUUGGAAGACGGACAAUGACAUGGAGGUGGCGGUUCAGGGCGUGGCCAAACACCUCGCUGAGUGUGGCAUUACCUGCCCCAAGUGCAAAUUUACGUACUCCCUAGCUAAAGGUGGCUGUAUGCACUUCACCUGUACUCAGUGUAAAUUUGAGUUCUGCUCCGGGUGUAGCCAACCAUUCCGUCAGGGCUCCAGGUGUUCGGUGGGUCCUUACUGCGAGCGGCUGGGUCUCCACGCCCACCACCCGAGGAACUGCCUCUUCUACCUUAGGGACAAGGAACCACAGCAGCUACAGAACUUGCUCAAGGACGCGGGGGUGAGCUUCGAUACAGAGCCCCAAGGUGGACCGCAGCAGGAUCCCCCGCCAGGAGGGACGCGACAGCUGUGUCAAGUACAGGAGCAGAAGGAGUUGCCUGAUGGCCUUAAAGAUGACAUCUGUGGUCGUGUCGUACCUUCAGGAUACGCCGGACUCUGCAGAAACCACUACCUUGACUAUUUGGGUCGGUUGUGUUAUAAAAAUAAAAUAGACCCGCUGCCCCUGAUGCAAGAGGAUGAUUUGAGGUUAGUAUUACGUCGGGAGGACAUGGAGAUUCCCAAGCGGCGACGUUGGGAAUCUGACGAGUACUUCCGCAAGAGGCUCUCCAAGCUGAUUAAGGAGCACCUUCCCCUGGGUAACCUCGACUAGUGCUGUAGGAUCUUCGACGUUAAGAAGUAUCCAUACAGGACGCGCCGCCCACUCGUCUGUGAUGUCUCCCACACCAACCACACUACACUCCGUCCUUCGUCGGUAUCGCCAAACCCAGCCGUGGGACCCAGCAACCUUGUGAUACCAACAGUGGUAACCACCCGCAUCGUAACGCCCACGUCCCACCAGAACCCAAGACGCCCCUCCUUCACCACAGCCAUGUAACUUAUUUACCUAUGAAGACAAGUCUGAUAGUGGUGGUUUCAACCUUACUGCAACAGCCUCGACGCUCAACCCAACCCACCAAUUAUAUAACUUCUAAUCUUGUUUCACCUUCGCUAUUAAAGUUCAUUGUUAAUUAUUCUUGUUGUUUACUAUUGCUGUAACUUUAAUGGAAAAAAUGAAUAUCCUUAUGUCAUCAUGAAGUUGCUGUAUAUUUUAGCAAGGUCAAGUGUACCGCCUUCGUUGCCACUAACCCCCCAGAUGUAUAUUGUAGCAAGAUUGUGGCGUCAUAGGUCUGAUGUUGAAGAAUUCGUGAAUGUAAUUCUAAAUUACACAGUUUAUGAAAUAUAUUCGAUAUAUAUAUAUAUAUACACACACGAGCAUUUUUUUUUUAUAAAAUGACACUAAUUGGAAGGCGGCAAACGGUCACUCAAACGCUCGAGCUAAAUGAGACGAAUGAGAAAAAUAUAUUGAAAUUGUAGUGUACUAAAAAAUAUUGCUGACUCAUGCUGUUUGUUUUAGACUGUGGUGAAGCAGUUCUGUCACAGUGAUGAAUAGUAAAGGUUGAUCAAUACUUCCUUCCCCCAGUGUGCUUCUUCCCGGCACCUCCCAAGUGUGUGUGUGUGUGUGUAUCAAAUAAUGCAAAACCAACUCUAGUAGAGCCAUAAGUGUGUAUCUUUCGAGUCAAAAUAUGUAUAUGAGAUGAGUUGAACCGCGUUAGUGCGUGACUGAAAUCGAAACCUUCCGUUUUUUCCUAAAGUUACCUGGAGAGCUGUGGAUAGGUCGUGCCCUGGAAGGUCGACUGGGCCCCUUCAAGUAUCGUCCUCAUAAGCAAGUCUGCACAUUCUUACAUCUGUCACAUAAGGUUUAUUAUAUACGUAUUCAUUUCAUGUUUAUCUUUCCCGUAUUUACUUUGUGAGAUAAUUCACCACUUCUUUAAUAACCCUGUAUCCAAAGAUUGCUAUGUGGCUUCCUUGUGAUUAUUUAUAGAGUUUUAUUAUGACAGAUGUAUGUUAGUGAUUUAUUUUUCACCCUCCAGACAUUCACACGACAUCCUCCCUGCCAUCACAGCACACCACUCCCUCCCUGCCGUUACGCCAGAGCCUUCCUACCACCACACUACAGAUUCCUUCUCUGCCAUCACACAGCAAACCUUCCACACCAUACCCUUUCCCAUCAACACACUAUGUCCACCUCUUGCUCCUAAUAUGUUUACAUAAUACAUCAAAUUCAUAAUUUCUUUGGUUUUAUACCCUUCAUAUACGCUUUAUCAGACAAUAAUAAAUUUAAACACAGUGCCCUUUUUGUCUUCCUGUGAAAGACAAAAAAUUAAAAAUGUACCAGCAGAGUGACCAUCAUCCAGGACCUCUCGUAUUGCCGUCAUCUUAAUUCUAAUUCUAUGAAAUUCUCUUCCAAUUUCAUCUCUCGUUGUCUUGAAUAAUAAUACAUACACUGAAGAGCCAAGUUACCUCUUAUGAGUUUUUGGACGUUAAGUUAUCUCUUAUAAAACAUUUGUUUCACGCAUGUGAGGCUCCAUACACUGGACAAGGAUUCUCAAUGGUUCUUACGUUUCCAUUCGUAUUGGUUUUUGUGAGAACACAUCUAAAUGACUCACUUGGUUCAUAAUAUAAUGUUCGUAUCAAAAAGAAUGUUGAAUUUGUGACGAGGCUCUACUAUAAUAAGUGGGUGAUUCUUGUUCCCAGCUUAAGAGAAAACAAACAAGAUGCGAAACUGAGAAUUCAUGUCCAGUCGCUCAUGUGUUGUUCAGUGGCCCGCUGGUGCCCCGUGACGCUCACGCCGUUCCCCGUCAUAUUACUAAUCCGCCGCUUAUAUCUCAACUCUCAUCUGUGAUGUUUGUCAUGUAUACACAGACUUUGGGACUAAUAAAUAUAUUAUACCAUGUAAAUACG